AUGGGCAUCGCGGCGGACCAGCACCAGCAAUUUUGCGAGGCCAGCCGGCAGUGGCGCUUCUUCCAGGGCUUUCCUAGCCUCCACACAGACCGAGAAUUCCAGGCCGAUGAGCAUGCCGCUGUGAUCUUGCCCGUCUCCUGCGCCGAGUGGGAUUCCCUCAACCAGCCCGAUCGAGCCAGCGUGGUCCUUGCCACCCCCAAGGCCUUCUCCAACAACCAGACUUUCUGGGCUUCCUCCGCCAGCAGGAGGACCACUGCCUUGAGUGUAUUGUUAUCGAUAGAUGUCACUUUCUCCCCUUGGACGACGCUACCACUUCCGAUCCGCCUUCCAGUGGAUCUGACGGAAUGUCCUCCGAGCCCAGACCAGUUGGCCCUGUUGACAGCUACUCUACCACCCGCCCUAGCGCCCAAGCAAGCCAACUCUCUCCGCCAAAUCAAGCCACUUGAACUUUUCCGCGCCCCGACCCAUUGGCACAGCAUCAUCUAUCGCGUCUGGAAUCCCGCCGCUGAUCCAGCGUACCUUGUCAAUGAUGCCUGGUUUCCCGUCCCUGCCGUGAUUGAGCAUAUUUAG